AGGUGUAAAAAAGAAAAAUAAAAUAAAACCGCCUCCGCCUAGGUCUGGUCGCUUCGAUCGCAAAAGAUAGAAAGACUUCGCCUCCGCCAUCGCGGCCACGGUCUUCUCCCAGUCCUCGUGGAGGAGCAAGAGGAGGAUGCUAUAUAUCGUGGGGUUGGGGCUGGGGAACGAGAGGGACAUCACCCUCCGAGGCCUCGACGCCGUCCGCAGCUGCCACAAGGUCUACGUCGAGGCCUACACCUCUCUCCUGUCCUUCGGCAUCUCCUCUGACGGACUCUCCCGAUUGGAGAAACUCUAUGGAAAAGAGAUCACGGUCGCUGAUCGGGAGAUGGUCGAAGAGCGGGCGGAUGUCAUGCUGUCGGAAGCUUCGGAAUCUGAUGUUGCUUUCCUGGUUGUGGGAGAUCCUUUUGGAGCAACGACACAUACCGAUCUUGUUGUCCGGGCAAGGAAACUGGGGAUUAAAGUCAAAGUGAUACACAAUGCCUCAGUUAUGAAUGCUGUUGGAGUUUGUGGCUUGCAACUUUACCGCUAUGGCGAGACAGUUUCUAUACCUUUCUUUACCGAGACAUGGAAACCGGACAGCUUCUAUCAAAAGAUUCAAAGAAAUCGGCAGCUUGGAUUGCAUACACUUUGCCUGUUAGAUAUACGUGUAAAGGAACCUUCCUUGGAGUCAUUAUGCAGAGGAAGGAAGUGUUAUGAACCACCAAAAUACAUGACAAUCCACACUGCCAUAAAUCAGCUAUUGGAGGUUGAGGAAAUGCGCAGAGAAUCUGCUUAUAGUGAAGAGUCGAAAUGCAUCGGGGUUGCUCGUGUUGGGAAUGAGGAUCAGAUGAUAGUUGCUGGUUCAAUGAAAGAUUUACUUAGUGUUGAUUUUGGUCCGCCACUUCACUGCCUUAUUAUAGUAGGUGAAACUCACCCAGUAGAGGAAGAGAUGUUGGAAUUCUACAGUAUCAAGUGAUAAAAUGAACGGACGAAACUCUUGGCAUUGCUGUUCUUUUGUCUUUCUUGUCUUGGAAUGAGGCCAUGGUAUUUUGAAUUUGGAAAAAAACAAAAUCCAACGGAUUUUUUUCUGAUGAGAUAUUCAGGCGUGCGAUUUUUUUUUGUAAAAUUAUGCACGUUAUAUUUCUUUUCUUGAUAUCUUUGAAA